AAAAUCAACACAGGAUUUAUUGGGUAGAUGACAAGCUUCAUGACAUCAAAUCGUCAAAAUUUGAUGGAAGUGACGUCACAGUUGUUAUCACUUUAAAAACAGACAUGAACAGUUCCUUUGACCUUGCUAUAUCUGGUUCUCAUGUUAUAUGGGCGAAUUACAAAUCGGGCUCUCUCAAGAUGAUCAACAAAGCAGAAAAUAAACAUCAGUCUAAACCUUAUCAACUAGGAACAACAAAUAAGCCAUAUGGACUGGAAGUAUUUGGUCCAACUGGGAAAGGAUGUAAUUAUUGUGGUAUCAAUAACGGAGGGUGUCGUUAUUUAUGCUUGCCGUCCCCAAGGCUGACGUUACAUAGCCGUUCGAAUAAAUGUGUAUGUCCGGAUUUGAAUGGCCAACAAUGCAUUGCAAGAGAGGUACAGGGUAGAACUGAAGACAUGACAAAUUGUCAACAGAUCCGCAAUAGCGCAACAGGAAAUUGCCAGUAUCCUAAAUGUACCCUCAAUGGUGCCUUCGAAGCAUUACAGUGUGAACUUAUCGAUGGAGUAAAGACAUGCUGGUGUUCCGAUUUAUUUGGAAACAUAAUUCCGGGAACCAAAACGGCUGAUUCAAAUAUACCUGAUUGUUAUAAAGGGAAAAAUUUGAAGAAUUGUUUAUUCAGUUCAGUUCUGUUCAAAAGAGAGUUUAGAACACAACACGAACCAACGUGCACAGCCAGUGGAGAUUUUGAGGAAAUGCAAUGCAAUCAGCAGGAUUGUUGGUGUGUGAAUACAAAUGGCAAAGAACAUAAAGGUUCUCGUGUGGCACGUCCAGAAACACCAUCAUGUAAAGAAAACUACAAAGUACAUUUAACUGCAGUAUCCAUUGCUCUCUUUUUGUGUGUUAUAUUUGCGAUCUUGGCGUUUUGCAUCCAGCGAAGGCACCGAAAAAACCCUAACACUUCUUCCAUACGUGACCAAGCACAGAUUUAUCCUGAAAUUCAGACACAUCACUAUGAUGAAAUCACAGACUUGGAUGAUUCUCACAGUCUUGCUGACGUUUCUCACAGUCUUGAUGACGGUGUAUACGCAAUUCCACGGUUUGCCAAUAAAAAAGCACUCAGACGAAAGAACUCCGAUGAAGACGAUCUUGGAUAUCUAAAACCACAUACCUAUUACAAUAGCAUUGUCACUGUCGUUAAAACGUUUAAUCAAGACAAAGAUACUUCAGAACUUAAAAGAAACAAAUAUGGAUAUACAGCUCCCGUGAAAAAAGGAGACGAUACAACAGAAAACAAAUAGAUCUCAGAAAUGAAACACACCUGGGUGUGCAAUUCCGAUUAAAGGAGAACAAACGUAUAAGACAACUUCAGAAAAAUCUUCUCUAUUUGUUGAAAAUUCCUUGUGACACUGUCGAUGGUGAAAACAUUGACUUCUUGUUUUUUACAUUUUUAACUUACCAUUGAUGAACAAAUAAUAGAAACUAACAAAUAAGAUGAACUGAAUGAUUGCAAAAAGCUAUGUUAGACCAAAUCAAACUGUUCACUUAAAUUGGGAUAUUUUGCCGUAUCACUAUUUUAAAUAUGUGUCCAAAAAGGAUAGUUUUUAAAUAAGGUGUGUUAGUUUGACGGAUUCAAUCAUCUUUUUUUAAAAAGAAUGUAUUGACAAGUGUUCAAUCAAUAUACAUACUUUUUUUAAAUCAGCAUACAUAGGCAAAUUUUGCUUAGUAAUACGUGAAAUUUACAUCAAUCUCACGUAAAAAUCACGUGAAAAAUGUCAUGUAAAAUUCACCUCAAACAAGCUUAUAUGUGAAACUCACGUGAAUCUCACAUACGAAAUUUUCACGUAAAUUAAUAUGAUAUUUACCACCCAAAAAAAUGAUAUUUUUCAUGAUUUUGAUAAAAUUUGAUUUAAUCCACCAUUUUCUACACAAAGAAAUGCCUAUACCAAGUAAGAAGUAUGACAGUUGCUUUCAUUCGUUUGAUGUUUGAAAGAUUUUGAUUUUGCCAUUUGAUAAGGGACUUUCCGAUUUGAAUUUUUCUUGGAGUUCGCUAUUUUUGUUAUUUUACUUUUUUUUUGGAAAAUUUUAAUGUUAUUUCUAAAAUGCACGUGUAUUUCACGUAAAAAAUUUCAUGUGAUUUUCAGGUUAAAUUCACAUGAGUUUCACAUGAUAUUCGCGUUAAACUCACGUGAAAUCUUUUUACGUGAGGGAAAUUUCCCUGUUUAUUGUUAAGAAAUCCGUCUAUUGGUGAAUACUGCAUGUAAAGUUCUAAUUGUGUUUUAGAUAUUUGUGUAGUUCUGUUGCUGACUUAUUAACCAUAGGUACAUAUUGUUGUGACAUGUUGUAAAAGACAAUAGAGCCGUAUCAGAAGGCCACAUUAUGGGCCAUGUCAAUUUGAUAACAAAAAGUACAUAGUUUUAAAUCUAUCAUUUAGAUAUUCACAAGACAUAAUCUGCAUAUAAGGGCGUAUAGUUUAAUUUUGUUAAAAUCAAUAUCUUUGUUAAUAAGAAUUUCUUUCAUCUAAUGAACUCUGCAAAAAUA